AUGUGGCAUCCAGCAUGGACACCAUGCGAAAGCACUGGCGCCAGGUCCAUCAAUGGUCCCAACAGACCCGCCGUGGCCGGGUUGGCCAGAGAGAGCGCACACAAGGGGGCCGCUGAGCUCCGGCGUUCAUUCACCACCGUAGCAUGGCAGCAGAUCUUCCCAUCGGGCCCGGGGUCCCAUUACAUCCAUAUCCGCUUCCCAGAGGGCCACCCACCACCACCACUGCCCCCCGCGGACCAGGCCCAACGGGCCGUCGAUGCCAUCAUCACCGCAUGGGAUCAGGCUCGAACGGCCCAGGAACAACAGGCCGUCAUCCAGGCCGAUCGGAUCACCGAUGCUAACCCGUGGCUCCGCCGGACCGGGUGGGCACGAUACCUGGAAGGUGUGCACCCCCAGGACCUGCUCCGGCUGGCCAUUUGGAAUGCCAUGGGCCAGCUGGGCCGGCGGAGCCAGCAGACCGUGCAGCGGUGUGGAACCGGCAUUUGUAUGGAGGCGGCCCGGACCGAGGCCGGACAGACCCCAUACCGGCUGCUCCAGGCGUACAUGGAUGAAACCAGUGUCCAGAAGCAUGUGCAGGCGUGGCAGCAAGUGUUGGGCUUCAUUGCACGCACACAGGCCACCCAGGCCGGACAGGGCAUGCCGGAGUGGUGUGGUCCGCUGCCCGUGUAUGGGAUGACCGCGCGGCAGCAGCGGAAGUGGCAGAUGUUGUGGCAGCUUGCCAUGCCCACCAUGGCGAGGCCCCAACAGGCGCCCCAUCGAGCCCGGGCUCGGGCGGUCCAUAUGUUCCCCGGGGCCGGUCGGAUCCUAGAGCAGGGUGGGAACCCCGGCAGUUAUCGGGCCACAGAGGGGCGUGGGGUGAGCCCCGGAGAUCAGCCCACAGCCGGGCAUGGGGUGAGCCCCGAGCAUGUGGAAGAAGCAGAGGAGACUGGCAAUGCAGGCAGCACCGAGCCGGCAUGGAUGAUGAGCCCAAUGGAGCGUGCCUGCUUGGAGUUUUGCAUUGAGCUGCUCAACCAGCGCCACCGUGCCCAUGAAUAUGAAAGCCCCCUUGUGUGUGCCAUGGCGGUGCUCGGCUGGGGGGAGACUGGGUGGCGUGAUCCCGACAGUUACCCCCCCAUUUUAUCGCGGAUGAUCAAGCUUGCGCGGUUCAUGGUGGUGCAGAAGGCACUGUGGUUGGAUCCCCAUGUGGGGGACAUUAUUCAGAUGUGGCAGGCACAGGCUAGCACGGCGAAUGGCACAGUGAAUGGCAUGGUGAAUGGCACUCCGAAUGGCACUCCGAAUGGCACUCCAAAUGGCACACCGGCUAGCCCAAUAGCAUGGCCGUUGGCCAGUGCAGAUGCCCAACUGGCCGAUAUCGAUGAGGGCUGUGAUAGUGCCAGUCCCACACGCUCCACCCCCACCACGGUGCACGAUCGCCCGUCAUUUCAUGACCAUGUGCAGCAGAUGGUCAGCCGCUUCAUGAUCCGUGGCACCCAUGGGCCCAUGCAGACAUUGCUCGACUGGCGCACAUAUGGGUUGAAGAUCCAUUACAAUAGCACGGCGCCGGGCCAUGUGGCGUGGAUGGGAGCCGAUGAGCUGUUGUACAAGGAUCUGCAUUUCACGAUGGGUGAAUUCCGUGGGUUCAUCCACAGGCUGGUUGGGGCCACACGGGAGCUGCUGUGUGAACUAUUAUGUAUUGCCGAUGGUUCCAGCAGCGCCCACACCCCAAGCACCAUGCCGCUGCCCGCCAUCCCGUGGCAGGGCUUGUAUGAUGAUCCCACCCAGGGGCACCCGGGCUGGAACUUUUUGCAUGAUCGCCGGACCCGGUGGCCCGUGGAUGGCCGGUGGUGGAUGAUCCAGCGGCUGCGCACAGAGCGCCCCGUGCAGCAGCAAUCCAUGCGCCGGGGGCGAUCCACGGCCCAUUGGUGGCACAGUAUCUGGCCCGGGUGGCCCGGUUCAAGGAGAAACUGGCUGUGGCCAUCCAUAUGA